AUGAACAUUUACACUGUCACUUUGGGGACGGCAGCUACUCUGCUCGCAUUUAUCUUCCACCAUCUGUAUAAAAGUUGGCGUCAGUCCCAUGCCCUUGAUCAUAUAUCCACCCACGCUUUUCCAGAUGGCGACAGUACAAGACCUCGAUACAUCAACGAUCUCAAGGACCUUUUGGAGUCAGGCUACCGUCGAUACAACAAACAGGGCCGUGCUUUCAAAAUUCCCAUUCCGAUCGGGGGCUACUCUGUUAAGUAUCGGGUCAUCCUUCCCAAGGACCACCUAGAGGAGAUGAAGCACCUAUCGAACAACAUCUUCAGCUGGGCUAAGGCUUCUGGGGUCAUCUUCGCUCAAGAUUACACUGGCGCCCCCAAACGAGGUCCGUGGUCUGGAAAGGCUCUGCGCGUGGGUAUCCAUCAGAACUUGGGUGAUAUCACAAAACAAUUGGAGCGAAGGAUUAAUCAGUACUUUGCCCUGCAUUUGCCCUGUGACCCAAACAAAAGAGUUGCAACUAUCAAAUUUAUGGAGUUUUUUGUCCCUGCCAUAGCAAAUGUCACAAACUCCUUGCUCGUGGGUGAGGAGCUUGCGUCAGACCCGGAAUGGAUGAAUCAAACUAUCGACUUUGCAGUGAACCGAUACAAAUCUGCAGACGAUGUGCGGGCAUGGCCUCCGUACCUUGCUGCCUUUAUUUCUCCUCUGAUUCCAAGUGUGAGGAGGCUACGACAGAGCAAGGCAUACGUCAAAAGGAAGCUGACGCCCAUGUACGAGGAGCUCAAACGUCGAGACGCGCUUGGGGCUGGUGAAAAGGCCAAAUACCGGAAGGGACUAUUCGGGUACGAAUGGUUAUGGGGCGGAGCUCCAGACGAUGUUACCUUGGACGAUUUCUCAGAGACCAUGAUGCGAACCCUCAUCGCAUCGAUUCAUACAUCGGCAAAGACAAUCAGUAUCGCUCUCAUCGACAUCUUGUCACAGACUCAGUAUCUCGAGGAACUCCGCAAAGAAGCAGCACAAGCUACUUUGCCAAACGGUUCUAUCAACAUAGACGCACUGGUCAAACUGGAUUGUUUCCUUAAGGAAAGUCAAAGGCUCACCCCGGUAUUCCUAUUGACGAUGAACCGAAUUGUAACACAAGACUAUACCUUCAAGGUGUCUGGGAUCACUCUUCCUAUCGGCACCAUGACAACUGCUGCGACUGCUGCUAUCGCCACUGAUCCCGAUACAUUUGGCGUGGACUCAAAUGAUUUUGAUGGACACCGCUUCACUCGUAUCCGUGAAAAUAACAAGGUUGGGGAAAGUACCUUCAAAAUGGGAAUGGCCACAGAGGACUCUCUUGGAUUUGGCCUCGGCAGCCAAGCAUGUCCAGGCCGAUUCUUUGCUGUGAAUCUCAUGAAGCUCAUGCUAGCCAAGCUCAUAACCAGAUGGGACUUGAGGUUGGAAAAGGAAGGGACUCCGUACUUGGGAGGGAGACCGAAAUAUGAAUAUUACGACUUUUCGGUGGUGCCCCCGACAGCGUUUGGAAUGAAGCUCACGGUUCGUGACAGCAUGUAA